AUGCAUCUCUCACUUCUCCUCAUCUUCUUCCUGCACCUCCUCAUUACCGCCCUCACGGUACCCAACUCCCCCACCGAGUCCGCCCUUGCCCUGCUCCUUGAAGGCACCGACCCCUCCACCGUCCUCUAUACCCCAAUCCCAACAGUCAUACACGCCCUCGACGCCGCCAUAACAGCAAACACCAACGCCCACGCCAACAACGCCAACGACGCCAACGAAAAAAAUCUCCCCACCCAAACCAUAACUCAAACCGCCCGCGUAACCCAAACCACCCGCCCCCACGACCCGGAACCCAUAAUCCUCUACCCCUUCCACCUCACCCUCACCUCCCUCUGCUCCUCCCCCUCCCCCGCCAAUGCAACCCUCACAAACGGCAACUGGACAUCCCGCAUCAUCAACCUGACUUCCUUGACGCGCGCUAUAGUAGACCACCAUAUCCCCGCGUACCCGCAGACAUUUAGCGUGGGGCCGUUUGAUGCGCGGAGGGGUGAGUUGCGGUUUGGACGAAGGAAAUGGAGUGUUCGUUUAUUAUGGGGUGGAAGCAUCAGUUGGAGGCGGAGGGAUGAGAUGGUAUACUUUUAG